CGCGCCUGCCUCGACGUCGUCACGGCGCUCGACGUGCUCGGCCGCAACCUCGCCAUCGCGCGCCUCUUCGGCAUGCCCUUGGACGACGCGCUGUCGCGCGGCUCGCAGCACCGCGUCGAAGCCGUGCUCUUCCCCACCUGGUACGCGCUGCGGUCGCCGGACGGCCCCGCGGUCGCGAACCAGCCCGCGCUCGAAGUCGUCGCGCUGAACCUCGAGCCCGUCUCCGCGGUCUACACGGAGCCCGUCGCCUGCCUCGACUUCCAGUCCCUCUACCCGAGCAUGGUCAUCGCCCACAAUCUGUGCUUCUCGACCUGCAUC